CAUUCACUAACCGGCUGUCGCGACGAGCGGUCGGUGCGCGCGGUACCGUUUUUACACGAGUCGAAAGAGAAGAAAAAGAACGAGAGGAAAGGAUACGCGCAAAAGUGCGGUGAAAAGAGACACGAGAAUAAAAAAAUUUUGAAAAAAAAAACAAAAAGAAGCCAAAAUCACCGUAAGGAAUCUAUAGGGAGUUUUUCCAGUUGUCCUCUGAUUUUUAGUGACUAUUUUUGAACUGCGUUGCGCGACUGUGUUCUUUUUUUUUCGAUAACGACGACCUGCUGCGAGAAUUAAACCCACGAUAAACAAUUUAUAGGGAGUUUGUUGGUUACCCCCAGUUUUUAGUGACUUUUGCUAAACUGUGUCGUGCGAUCGCGCGUGUGUGUUUGUCAGUUUUUCUUGUUUGUUGUUUUCUCUCAUUGCGGUGUUGGAAAAGAAGGAAAAGAAAAGAAAAGAGGAAAUAUAACUCGUUCAACGCCGUCCAGUUUCAUCGAUUUUUCGCCCGACUGUUUUCCAUGCGUAUGACUAGCUUUACGCAACAGGUGCUUGCUGUUUGCUCCUUCGGCGCGUUACGUGUAUAAUAUUGUUGUAUGUGUAGUUGACUCUCUGACGACACUCGUCUUACCUACUUGCAUACGUAAAUAACACGCGUGUGUGUACUUUGGUACGCGGCGAUUUUUCAGUCCGUUCUACCAACUGUGACACGUACGCACACACACAUGCAUACAUAGUUUUUUUUUUUUUUUUUAUUCUCGUUUUGUAAAUUAUAUUCAACAACAUAAAACGGUAUAGAACUUCAGAAAACGCAUACGUGUAUUAUACUGUUUAAUAUUCGUCCGAAGUAAUAAUAUGUAUAAUAUUGUAUGAGAAACAGUGGAAUUUUUAAACCUCGUGUUUAACGUGUCAUUGAGUGUUCGUUUUCUAUCGGUGAAAUUUUUUUUUUUUCUUCUUGUUCUCACUUCGCCACGGAUGUGCUGAAGAAAAACAAGGGAUUACACAAAAAAUUAGUGAAGUUUAAUAACGGAGGAAAAAGUCUCGUUGUGAAAUUACAGCGCGUGGAUCUAUCUCUUUCGAUUUUUCGUGAAAAGUUUUUAAAAAAUUUGUGAAAUAUACAAUAUACAAUUGGAGAAUACAUAUAUAUAUAUAUAUUAUAUAUAUUACACCUAUAUACAUAACCAACGGACAGGAUGACGGUUGCCGGAAAGAGAUACGUCGAUUGUACCGUUCUCGGAGGUGGAAACGGGGCUGAUGCCGAAGACUCUUCGUACGACAGCGAUUACGAGGCUGAGGAUUCCCUCGGAUCCGCCGCUCAUCCUCGGCUCGAAUCGCAAGUCUCGUCCUCCACACACUCGGAUGUUUCCCGGACAACAUCCGACACCCUGGCCGCCGAAUUCGCCGAGUACGUCACGGUUCAGGGUCCGUCGCCGACGCAGAGCCCCGGGUACACGGCCAGAGUCGAGUUCGCGCUGAAGCUCGGAUACACGGAGCGUCUGGUCCAGGCAGCACUCCAGAAGCUCGGCCCGGAUCCGGGUCAAAACGAGCUUCUAGCGGAGCUUAUAAAGCUCGGGGCGAGCUCGCCGAAGCUAGCAGACACCGCCGACGAGUCGGACCUCCUUUUGGACGCCGAAUUGACCGUCGACGAUGUUACGCAACCCCAGUCACCGGUUCUACGACCGGUCGUUAUCGACGGCAGUAACGUCGCUAUGAGCCACGGCAAUAAGGAGAUAUUCUCCUGCCGAGGGAUCAAGAUAUGCGUUGAUUGGUUCAGGAACAGGGGACACAGGGAAAUCACGGUAUUUGUACCAAAGUGGCGCAAGGAAGCAUCCAGACCCGAUAAUCCUAUCGCCGAUCAGGAAAUACUCGGCGAGUUGGAGAGGGAUAGAUUACUCGUUUUCACACCCUCGAGACUUGUGGGAGGUAAACGGAUGGUUUGUUACGACGAUCGAUACAUUCUUCGUCUGGCCGCAGAGCUUGACGGGAUUGUCGUCAGCAACGAUAAUUAUAGAGAUCUCGCUCAGGAGAGUCCGGAAUUUAGAAAAGUCGUUGAGGAGAGGAUACUGAUGUAUAGUUUCGUCAACGAUAGAUUCAUGCCGCCCGACGACCCGCUCGGCAGGAGCGGACCGACAUUGGACAACUUUUUGAGAAUAGGACCCAGGAGAGCCGAUCCUGCGCCUCCCUGCCCCUACGCAAAGAAAUGCACUUACGGCAAUAAGUGCAAAUUUCGCCAUCCAGAACGCGGUCCGCAUCCGCACAAAUCCGUUACCGAACGGCUCGUCGAACAUGCUCAGCGUCACCUUCAAGCUCGCGGACCUAGUCUAAGCCUUCCUCUACCUCCGUCUACCUUGGCUUCCGGCUUAACUCAGCACCAGCCACUCUGCAAAGCAAGAUCGGCCGUCUCGUCUGUACAGUCUACCUCGUCGUUUUCGUCCGUCCCGAAAAGCAGAUCCGUUGAAAAUGUCACCGCCGAUGGGAACGCGCUAAAUCCAACUAAUUACCCUCAACAGAUAACUGGCGCACAAAAUCCUCAAGGAUAUCCGUCUCAGGUUGGAUGGGCAGCGCCCGGUCCUCGCGUCGCGAACGCUGAUCCUGAACCCGCUAAUAUGCACAGAAAAUUGCAGCGUCAAUUGACGCUGAAUCCAGCUUGCGACCCGAGACUCUAUCAACUGAGAAGAUACCCCCAGCAGCAACAACCACAACAGCCGCAUCAGUCUCACCAAACUCUUCAACAACAGACCGUGAUGCAACAGCACAGACCGCUGACCAGGCACGCUAGCAGCGAAACUCCGUACCCGGUAUCGAUGAGCUGGGAGCAUCCCGAGCACCAUCAUCAGCACGUGACGCGCAUCGCGUCGGCUCCGGACUCGUAUCGAGCUUGGCCGCCACACGGGACCAAUCAUCCAGCGGCCGGUUCGCGAGCCCAGCGUUUGGGAGCCUCUGAUCCGCAGCUGAAUCUUCUUCCGUCACCACCAACGGCGGCACCCGCAAUUCGCGCCUCUUGGGGCGCUCAAACUCACGACGCGAGACGUCGCCUCCAUUAUCAUCUGGCGAAUAUUUUCCCUGAGGAACAAGUGCAGGCCGCAAUGGCUUUACAUCCGCACGAGACAGAUCCUCAACAAAUAUGCGCCGCUAUAUUGGCCAUGUUUCCUAAACCUUAAAAAACGCCCAGGCUGUUCAUGCACCACAACGAUAUUUGGCCCUGGUAAUGCAGAGGAGUAAAAUUUUAGACGGAGAGAAUUGAGACCGAUUUUUGUUGGAAAAUGUCGUUGUUGUUAUAUUAAAUUCAAUUGGAAAAAUGUUUAUCGAUUUUGCAUAUCAUCAUUAUCAGGGCGACGAACUCGAGUUCAAAUUAUGCUGACGAAGUUUCGUUGUUCAUUUAUAACAGCACACUGAGUUUAUCCAUAUUACAUACUACUCCGUUCCUCAAUACUCUACGCGAUUAACUACACCUUUAUGUCUGUUGAUAUCGUUGUGCGAGCAUGUGUGUGUGUUGAGAUAAGCACAAGAGCGUAUUUAUUUUGGCCGGCCGAUAGUUAGACGGACAAAUUUUGUGACGUUUUGUAUGCGAUGUUGCACGGGUAGUGGAACAACCGAGUCACUCGUGAUUUCAUGAUAACUUUACAAAAUCACGUUGAUAUCAGUAAUGGUCAUAACACUAUGAUUGUUUGCUACUCUGUGUCUUCGAUACGAAUAAAAUGUUACCGCGCUUUGAACGGCGGGCUGGAACCCUGCCUUGCGAUUACUAACAAAAUAAUUAAAAAAAAAAAAAUACAAAAAUGAAAAUAAUAAAGUAUGUCCGCUCCAUUUUGCUUUUAAGCAUAAUAUAUAGAAAAAUGAGGGAAAAAAAAUUAUAAUCUUAUCGUACAAUGUAGACAAAGAUAUUUUCAAGCAAAGUAUUAUAUAUUUUGUUUUUGAAUGGGGGAGGGAUGGGGGGGGGCUGCUUCGCACAGUUUCGUUUACAAAAUGUUCGCUUUGUUGGAGGAGUGAAUUUGUCUUUGAAAUCAAAGCUAAUCGCUUUUUAUUUACGAUUUACAUCAUAUGUAAUACCUACCUAGAUUUAGAUAUUAUAAUACGUACAGAUUUGAUUUACGCGGAAGAUCAAACUAAAUCUCUUGCGAGUAUACUACAUUUUUUUUUUGUGUUUGAGUACUCGUUAUGAGGAAGGAGCGGGUGUUUGAUAUAGAAUACCGUAAUUUAUUUAUGUUGUACAUUAUAAUUUUACUAUCAUAAUACAUGAUUUUUUAUUCACCCUCCCUAGGUUAGCUUUCUAUGGCUAACUUUGUAGUGGAGAGUGGUUUUAUACGUAUAUGUAUAAUAUGUAUACAUAUAUCUGCUGCGUGUUUUUAAAAUAGAUGGUAAUCUCAUUUACAGCUCGCAGAAUGGGGCAUUAUAACAAACAAAAAAAAAAGCAUUUUUAUAUAUUAAGAACAAUUGUUAGGAUCUAAUUAUGCACUUAUUAUUAUUAUUAUUAUUAUUAAAUUUGUUAGGGGGGGAGUGGUGGGCGUCAUGCGACUCACAUUGAGUCUCUCAAUUCCCGUCUUACCUCGAAAUGGAUUAUCUAGCUCUUCUUAAAUGGAAUCUUGACAUAAUUGUUAUUAGAUCUUUGCCUUAUUUUUGAAAAAAAAGUUAUCCAUCUUACGAAUUGAAGUUACUCCGUGAUACGAUAGAUCGCGACUGUUAGUCCCGUGAAUAGAAUUAUCAAGAUCAUUUGAGGAAUGCUGAGGAACAAUAGAGACAGUUUUUAUACUAUAUUAGAUUCAUAUACAUGUGUAUAUAUAUCUGUAUACGUAUUUUAAUUAAUAGUUCUAAGAUGUGAAUAUGAAAAGUAACGUAUCGUUCGGGCACAUUAGCGGCUGUGAAUUUAUGAAAGCCUACAAUGGUUUGCACAAUCGUCAUCCACAAAUGCGCGAACGCACUACUGACUAUUCGUUAAGAAUGGAUAAAUAGAUAGACAUGUUUUGCAACAUUUUAAGUUCCAUUUUGCAUCCUUAUAAUUGGUUGCCACUUCUUCACUUCAUAUAUUGAUCUACUAUACAUUGAUUAAUAUUUGUUGAGGAAUAAAAAAAAGUUGAGGAAUUUCUAAAAUUAAAAUCGGAAGACAAAUUUCAUCGUUUUGAUCAGGCAAAGAAAAGCAUAGUUUUUUACAAUUCUGGUUACACGGCAAAUUUGAAGAGAUAUCAAUUUAUUAUUUUUACUAUCGAGAAUACCGAUUUUCUGUCAGGCAUUCAAUUUUUCGUUUUCUCGGUAGAUAUAUUUCCAUGGCCAAUGCAGUUACCUCGUUUGCUAAUUCGGAGUCUAAAUUUUCGAAGGCGAGUACUUAAGGAUUACUUUCAAUUUUUAAACGGAGUGAACGAGAGAACAUAAAUGUUACAAUGCUAUAAACCUUUGUGCUAAACGAAUAAUAAACCGCGCGAAGAUAAGGAAAGCUUGAUGUGAACGGGAUCUGUGUAGAGGCGCGCCUCA